AUGUCUCAACUCUCCAACUACCGACUCCUCUGUUUCGACGUCUACGGCACCCUCAUCGACUGGGAGACCGGCAUUCUCACCGCGCUGGAACCACUCCUCAGCACCGGCACCACCGAUUUCUCCCGCAAGCACCUGCUGACUCUAUACCAAGAGCUCGAAAGCGAACAGCAGCGAGCCACCCCGGACAUGCCCUACUCCAAACUCCUAGCCACGAUACAUCCCCGCUUAGCCGAACGCCUGGGCCUACUCACCCCCAGCGAGGAUGACAACGAACGCUUCGGCGACUCGGUAGGCCAAUGGCCCGCCUUCCCCGACACGGUCGAUGCCCUAAAACGGCUAUCGAAGCACUUCAAGCUGGUUGUACUCUCAAACGUAGACCGGGCCUCCUUUGCCCGCUCCAACGCCGGCAGUCUGCACGGAUUCUCCUUUGACCGGAUCAUCACUGCGCAAGACGUGGGCUCGUAUAAGCCCGACCCGCGCAACUUUGCAUACAUGAAAGAGAUUGCGCAGAAAGAGAUGAGCGUGUCUGCGGGGGAAAUUCUGCAGACGGCGCAGUCACAGUUCCAUGAUCAUCGGCCAGCGAAAGAGGCGGGGAUUAGAUCGGUGUGGAUUGAAAGGCCCGGUGCCACGAUGGGAAAUACGGUGGAGGAGCCCAUUUUUGAUUGGCGAUUCAACACGCUGGGGGAUAUGGCAGAUGCCUUGGAACGGGAAGAGCAGUAA